GGACGUUGCUGCGACGAGUUCGCUGGGUGUCGUCGGCACAAAAUGCCCGGCUGCUGCGUGCCGUUGUGCAGUAAUCACUCGAGGAAUGGUUGGCGAAUGUUUCAGUUCCCAAGAGAUACAAAAAGAAGAAUUUUGUGGACUGCAAGGAUCAAGCGGGACAAAUGGCAGCCCACGAACACCUCGUGCAUAUGCAGUGCUCAUUUCGAAGAGGACAGCUUCGAGCAAAACAGAGCAGACGGAUGGAAAAAACUAAAGCCAAAUGCGGUGCCGACAGUGUUUUCCUUCAGACCUUUGCCUCGUCACAGAAAGGCACCAAAGGAUAGGACCGGACCCGCUGUCCUCUCGGCCCUACUUGAAGAUCAACACGACAUAGCCACUGAUGAUCAUGAAGCUGCGAUGGACCCAAUGUCGUCACCAGGCAGGUUUGAGCUGACUCAAGGACAGAAUUGCAGCCCACACGACGCCAGCUCAAGUGCACUGGUAACAGACGAAGCAGGUCUGCAAGUCUCAGCCAGUGGAAUGAAUGCCGGGGCCUCUGACCUGCAGUCUGCUUGUACCUCUUGCGCAGAAUUAAGUAAGCAGCUCGCAGACCUGACACGAAAAUACUGCGAACUUCAAGAAUUGCAUACCCAGGCAAACUCAACAAUCCAAGGUCUCCGAAAAAAAGUUAAGAAGCUCGAAGGUAACAUUGAAACAUUCGGAAAGAACAUCAAGUUCCUUAACGAAGACCAAAUACAGGCACUGUCGCGCAAUAGCAACAAAGGGAGUACUUGGUCUCCGCAAAGUGUUAAGCAAGCACUUCAAAUUAAAUUUUCAUGCGGGACGUCCGGCUAUGAAACCUUAAGGAAACUCGGGUACCCGCUGCCAACUAACAGAACUCUGGCGCGUCGCCUACAGGCACUCAGUUUUCUGCCCGGUAUCCUGACUGACGUGAUCGACCUGCUAAAAACGAAAGCGGAGGGUAUGCAAGACAUUGAAAAAGACUGUGUUCUGCUACUAGACGAGAUGGAGAUUGCCAGGGGCUAUGAGCUUGAUCGCGCUGAAGAUGUUGUUCUUGGGGGAACAACUUUACCUGCAAAGCCGGAUGAACCUGCCCACCAUGCCUUGGUGUUCAUGAUAGGGGGUCUUAACCGGCGGUGGAAACAAGUGAUUGCCUAUCACUUUACUGAAAGGAGCAUAGACGGCCUUAUUCUCAAAGACUACAUAUUGAAUAUCGUGAAAGUUUGCGCAGAUAUCUCCCUGAGGAUCCGCGUCGUCACUUCGGAUAUGGGUUCUUCCAACAGGGCAAUGUGGCGUGAAUUUCGCUUCUCUAGCCACAGGAACUCCAACACCAUAUGCUCGAUACCACAUCCUUGUCUAGAAGACAAAGAACUCUUCUUCACUGCAGAUGCUGCACACGUACUUAAGAAUAUCAGGGGCCAACUUUUGAGUUCUGUCGUUUUCACCAUUAGUGAUGCAACCAAGUGUCAACAUGACCUACCCUCAAGGGAAGUAAAACUUGAGCACGUGCGCGCAGUGGUAGACUUUGACAAAAAACGGGAGCUGAAAGUCGCGCCAAAGCUCUCGGACAUCCACGUGUCGAACGGGCAUUUUACGAAGAUGAAGGUGGGAGUGGCCGUUCAGUUUUUUCGAGAAGCUCCUGCCGGGAUUCGGUACUUGAUAAAGCAGAAGAUCUUGGAUCCGGAGGCGGAAACUACAGCGUGGUUUUUAGAGCUUGUCUUUAAGUGGUAUGCUCUUAUGUCAUCACGACACCCAUCAACUGCCUUGAGUCUUGAACACAUGGACAAAUAUCACGCAGCCAUAGACGUAUUGUGCUUGGCGUCUGAGACCAUUCGGGGAACAAACAUGGGGAGCACAUCCCAAUGGAAGCCCUCACAGGCGGGUUUCUUGAUAGCCACAUCUGUGAUCAUUCGCCUGCAGGAUGUCCUUCUAAGAAGUGAAGGCUACAAGUUCUUCCUCACGAGCCGAUUGCUCCAGGACUGCUUGGAAAAUCUAUUUUCGGUUAUACGUCUCAGGAAGCCUGUUCCAAGCGCCUACGAUGUGAAGUGUGCGUUGAAGCUUGUUUGUGUCAGCCAAUUCUUCCACACACCGUCAACGACUAGCUACGAUGUCGAUGACGCACAGUACCUGAUCGACCUGCUGUCGGCAGGUAUGCAAGAACAAACGGCAGCCGAGAUUGAAGCUAUCGAUGACUCGGAGAUCCCCUUUGUCGAAGAGGUAACAUCAGCUGAGUGCGAGAUUUUGUUUCAUAUCGGUGGGUUUCUUAUAAAAGGGAUCCUCAAAUCUAUUGGCCACUGCGAGCAGUGCAAGCCCGCAUUGUUAGGCUCAAGCAGCAGUGAGCAUGCGUACUUGACGUCCCUCAAGGAAUACGUCUCUGAAGGCAGCAACCUUCAUUACCCAAGCGAUGCAGUCAUGCUGGUUCUUAAAUCUUGCGAGGAACAUUUUAAUGGUAUCACCGCCUGGACGGAAAGCGUUUUCACCAUGAAAUCUCCUUUGAAGGCUGUAACCGCAUACUUGACAAAGAUGUUGCGGUGGGGCGUAACGUGCGCCUGUCAGGAACACAAAGAAACAGUGGAAAAGCUCCUUGUGUCAAACUACGCGAGACUGAGGCUGCGUGUGCACCUGCGUCAAGCCGCGGCAACGGGACUUGACGGGCAUGCAAGCAAGACGUGUGCAGGAGUGAGCCUACAGUGAACACUGAAAUUAAAUUUUAAUGCAUAUCGCCAGAAUUCAAAAACUUUCGUUUCAUUUGUGUUACUCUUUUAAUAUAGUUUUCAUUCAUGUGUUUAUUCUUACUUUGCUGUGCGUGCUGAUUUUUCACCUUAUGUCUGUACAAGGUAUCCGCUUUUUUUCCAACUUAUCAAACUGAGCUGCAAGCUGACAUUCUAAUUUAUUUUGUUCAAGUUAAUUCAAGGCUUCAUUGUAGUUUCUGGUCAUUGGUCUGAGAUCUACGAAAGACCUGUGGCAAUUGACACCUCCUGACAGCUGACAUAAUAAAAACCUGCAUGGCGACCCAAACAUCGUGACCGAAA